AUGAAGCAGGGUAGCCCUGAUAUUCCAAUUAAUCCCAGUCCUCCUGGUUGUCCGUUUUGUGUUUGGUUAUAUUACCCGGGCUCCCCUUGGCGCAACUCUGGUUCUUCUUGCUGACCUUCUUCCUCUUUUUUUCCCGCCGUUUUCGCAGUUUCUCGCAUCGACGGAGCUUUAUUCACCAACACACAAACCUCCACUACAAGUAGAUUCUUGGGCGAUCCAGGAAGCCAAUUGAUCGCUUCCCCUCACGCAAACAUGGCUUCGAAAUGGAUAGACGCAGCAAUUUCCCGAGUCCAGAGCUUACCUGGAUUAGCAGCAGCCAUCCUGGUCACACUUCCACUCGGCGUUGCUUAUACAGUCAAUAAUAUUCUCAACAGAAGAGCCCUGGGCGGUUUGAUCUUGAAUGACUCUUGGGACUGGAACAAAGAAAUCGUUCUCAUCACCGGAGGCUCCGGUGGCAUGGGCAAGCUGAUGGCUGAGGAAUUUGCGCAGCGGAAGAUCAAAGUCGCGGUCCUCGAUAUUCACCAUCCGAAGGAUCCCUUCCCCCAAGGCGUCGUCUUCUAUGAGACCGAUAUCACAUCUCCAGAAGCUGUGCACAAGGUUGCGGAACAGAUUCGACGCGACGUCGGCGAUCCAACGGUGCUCAUCAACAAUGCCGGCGUGAGCGUGGGCAAAUCCCUACUGGAAUGCUCGCAGUCCCAAGUCCGAGGGGUUUUCGAAGUCAACACUAUGUCGCACUUCUGGCUUGCCCAAGAGUUCUUGCCAGCCAUGAUCAAACGGAACCAUGGCCAUGUCGUCACGAUGGCGAGCAUGGCCAGUUUCGUUGUCAUCGCGGGCAACGUCCAGUAUAGCUGCACGAAGGCGUCUGCCCUCGCUUUCCAUGAGGGCUUGGGACAGGAACUGAAGCAUCGCUAUUCUGCGGGCAACGUAAGGACAACCGUUGUACACCCAUACUGGGUCCGGACACCAAUGAUUGAGAAUUUGGUAGCAAGUGAAGGCUUCAAUGGGCCUGUCAUAGAGCCAGAGUAUGUCGCAAAGAAAGUUGUGAAUCAGGUUCUGGGAGGGAGAGGUGGACAGCUUAUCUUGCCUCAUAGAUUUGGCAUCGUAUCAGCUAUCAGAGGCUUCCCCAUUUGGCUGCAAGAAUGGAUUCGAGAUGUUCAAUCAGAAACUUUGCGAAACACUGUAUUCUAGGGCGCAAAUUGUUUGGACAAUGGCCAGCCGUGAAAGUAUACCGUGGUACCGCCAAACUGGGGCAAUGGAGUGUGAAACUUGAUGGGAUUGGGC